AUGGUACCAUCGAAUGCGCCCAGUGGUGCAGCUGGCCUGCUCGAACACAUCGGUCUCCAGGAAACUGAGGGAAUGGGCAUCGAGCUGCCGGGUACCGGUAUCACCGGUCAAAUGUUUGCCAAUUUUGGAUUUGUUGCUGGCGUCAUUCAACGAGAACGGCUUCCAGCAUUUGAGCGCCUGCUUUGGCGCGCCUGUCGUGGUAAUGUCUUUUUGCGACAAUCGGAAAUAUCCGAACCUCUUAUUGAUGCUGUAACUGGAGAUCCGAUCAUGAAAACCGUAUUCAUUGUAUUUUUCCAAGGCGAUCAGCUGAAAACUCGCGUCAAAAAAAUUUGUGAAGGCUUCCGAGCAACUCUCUAUCCAUGCCCGGAUACGCCUCAGGAACGACGGGAGAUGUCAAUAGGAGUGAUGACUCGCAUUGAAGACCUAAAAACAGUUCUAGGCCAAACGCAAGAUCAUCGGCAUCGGGUCCUGGUAGCAGCAUCGAAAAACUUGCGAAUGUGGUUGACAAAAGUGCGUAAAAUCAAAUCCAUUUAUCAUACAUUAAAUCUGUUCAAUUUGGAUGUCACCCAGAAAUGUCUGAUUGCCGAAUGCUGGUGUCCUGUGGCCGAGCUGGGACGAAUUCAACUGGCUUUAAAACGAGGCACGGAAGAAUCGGGAAGUACUGUGCCAUCAAUAUUAAAUCGUAUGACAGACACAACUGAAGCGCCACCAACUUAUAAUCGUCUCAACAAAUUCACGCGAGGUUUCCAGAAUAUUGUCGAUGCCUAUGGCAUUGCAUCAUAUCGUGAAAUUAAUCCAGCCCCAUACACAAUGAUAACAUUUCCCUUUCUUUUUGCGAUAAUGUUUGGUGAUUGUGGUCAUGGAUUAAUCAUGCUUUUAUGUGCAAUGUUUUUUAUUUACCGAGAAAAGCAACUGGAAGCGGCGCGCAUAAACGAUGAGAUUUUCAAAACAUUUUUCAAUGGUCGUUAUGUGAUCUUUCUGAUGGGUUGCUUCUCGGUAUACACCGGCAUUAUCUAUAACGAUGCAUUCAGCAAAUCGUUCAAUCUGUUCGGUAGCUCUUGGCGCAACAUCUAUUCUGAUUUGAGUAAAUUUCAGCCCGAGCAGCAGCUCAUGCUUACACCAGAAUGGGCCUAUUAUAAUGUGCAUCUAUAG